AUGAACAAACGUCAUCAAGAUCUAGUCCGAGUGAAUAAAGAUCGCAACAUUCAAAAAUCGGCUCGGAGGGCCGCAUUAGAGGUUUCAAAUAAUGAGGUGACAACAGAAGACAUCGAUGCGACUAAUCAGCUUGAGCCUGUAAUUGGUAUAAAUGACAAACGGGACGAAGUCAACGAUGAUGGAAGCAGAUUGGACGAAGCCGAGGCGAUUCCACCGGGAACAUUUGGGGAACCUGACGGAGAAUCCGGCGAUGAGGAGGCCGAGCUGAGUUGGAUGGAGUUCGUUGAUGUGGCGGUUUAUCAAAUCAAUUCUGAGCCGGAGGAUCUCACUCUAGACUCGUCCAGCCCUCUUUAUCGUCGCCAAGAAGAGGAGAUCAAUAAGUUAGAACCCGAUAACUCAGCCUGGUACCCAUUCUUAAAUAGAGAGUCUUCCCCGCUGGGAAGCCUUGCGAAUAAUGCGAGCGAAGAUACGGACCCUGAUCAAUCGCACUAUAGUUGA